UCUAGCCCGACGCGCCUGCGCAGGAUAGGCCGUCCCCGGAGGUGAUGAGGGUGCUAGUCCGGCGCUGCUGGGGGCCCCGGUCCGUGUGUGGCGGUCCGGGCGGUAGGCCGAGCCCCCAGUGGCGAGCGCUGGCAGGGCUUGGAGGGUCCCCUGGCGGGGAGGAUGGCCGGGGCGUCCGAGUCCGCGAGAAGCCGCCCUGGCGGGUGCUCUUCUUCGGCACCGACCAGUUCGCCCGAGAGGCGCUGCGGGCGCUGCACGCCGCCAGGGAAAACAAAGAGGAAGAGUUAAUCGAAAAAUUGGACGUGGUCACAGUGCCCUCCCCAUCCCCAAAAGGACUACCAGUGAAGCAAUAUGCUGUCCAGUCUCAUCUUCCAGUGUAUGAGUGGCCAGAUGUGGGAUCUGGAGAGUACGACGUUGGAGUGGUAGCUUCAUUUGGCCGACUUUUGAGUGAAGCUCUUAUUCUUAAAUUUCCCUAUGGCAUAUUGAAUGUCCAUCCCAGUUGCCUCCCGAGGUGGCGUGGUCCAGCCCCUAUAAUCCAUACCGUACUUCAUGGAGACACAGUUACUGGAGUGACGAUUAUGCAAAUUAAACCUAAAAGGUUUGAUGUCGGCCCAAUUCUCAAACAGGAAACGGUUCCUGUGCCACCUAAGAGCACUGCCAAGGAACUGGAGACAGUGCUGUCAAAACUGGGGGCCAACAUGCUUAUUUCAGUUUUGAAAAAUUUGCCUGAGAGUUUGAGCAAAGGAAGGCAGCAGCCAACUGAGGGAGUGACAUAUGCCCCUAAGAUUUCUGCUGGUACCAGAUGUAUAAAAUGGGAGGAACAAACUUCAGAGCAGAUACUCAGACUUUAUCGUGCCAUUGGAACUAUAAUUCCGUUGCAGACUCUAUGGAUGGAUAAUACCAUUAAACUUCUGGAUUUGGUAGAAGUUAAUAGUUCAGUCCUCGCUGAUCUAAAAUUAAGAGGACAACGUGUUACUCCAGGAUCACUAGUAUACCACAAACAGUCACAAAUACUGCUGGUUUGUUGCAAGGAUGGCUGGAUUGGUGUUCGAUCAGUGAUGCUCAAGAAAACACUAACAGCUACUGAUUUCUACAAUGGGUAUCUGCACCCCUGGUACCAGAAAGAUUCCCAACCUCAGCCAAGGCAAUGCAGAUUUCAGACUCUCAGACUUCCAAUAAAGAAGCAGGGAAAAAAAAAUUGUUGCUAUGCAACAGUGCAUUAAGUAGUUAGGAAGUAGAUGGAUAAGAACCUACUACAUAUUUGUAAUUUAUUAAAAGCCUUAUUUACAAGGAAUUACCUUGACUAUCAAAGAAGAUGACACUGUUGAAGAGAAAGGAAGGAAGAUUAUUGUCAAAAGAUGAAUUACUUCACUUCCCAUUUUUUGUUUAGCAGUAGUUAAAACCACUUUUCUAUUUGAAUAACAAAAAGAGCUUUAAAUAAAACUUUUAUUUAUAAUGUGAAA